AUGUGCGGAAUUUUCGCCUAUCUUAACUUUUUGACGCCGAAGAAGCGCUCGGAGAUUGUCGAUAUUCUCGUGCAAGGACUUCAGCGUAUGGAAUACCGAGGAUACGAUUCUGCAGGAAUCGCCAUCGACGGCUCGAACGAGAUUGAAAGUCCCCACUCGAAGGUGGCGCUGUUGCGGAAAACCGGCAAAGUGUCGGUGCUGGCCGAGCACAUUCGCAAGCAGACGGACCUCGACAUGGACAUGGAGUACAACAUUCAUUGCGGAAUUGCGCACACACGCUGGGCGACGCACGGCGAGCCGCGAGACGUCAACUCGCAUCCGCAUCGCAGUAAUGAGAGCAACGAUUUUCUCAUUGUGCACAACGGCAUCAUCAACAAUUACAAGCAGAUCAAGGAGUAUCUGAUGAAGAAGGGACAUGUGUUCGAGUCGGAGACCGACACGGAGGUCAUCGCGAAACUCACCCAACAUAUUCACGACAGAUAUCCGGAAUUUUCGUUUAGGCAGCUCGUUGAGACUGUCAUUCAGCAAUUGGAGGGCGCUUUUGCGUUGGCGUUCAAAUCGCCGAGAUUCCCUGGCCAGCUUGUGGCCACACGUCGUGGCUCGCCGCUUCUCGUCGGCAUCAAGAGCAACGCUCGAUCGCAGGCCAAUCAUUUUCCGGUGUCGUUCUCGAAAGAUGCUGGAUGGAAUUGGGGAGACGAUAAGCAGACAGAUGGUCGUCGAUUCAUGUCGAAAAAUGCCACUCAUUUGCGCGAAGAGUCGUCGUUCGUCGAGACACCCAACAACAUUUUGGAUCUCUCAAUCGCUGUUCGCUCGUCGAAUGGAUCGGCGAAAUUGGAGAUGACCGACAACACGACGGCUGUCGGACCAUUCGACUCGGCCGACUGGGAAGUUGAAUACUUUGUCGCUUCCGACGCGUCGGCGAUCAUCGAGCACACCAAACAGGUGUUGUUCCUCGAGGACGACGAUGUCGCUUUGGUUGAGGACGGCGCUCUUACGAUUCAUCGCAUCUCGCGACACGCCGACAAUGGAGAGCAGAAGCGCGAGGUGCAGCUUCUCGAGAUGGAGUUGCAGGAGAUCAUGAAGGGAUCCUACAAGACGUUCAUGCAGAAGGAGAUCUUCGAGCAGCCGGACUCGGUGGUGAACACGAUGCGCGGACGCGUCCUUCCCAGCGGCCAAGUGGUGCUCGGCGGCAUCAAAUCGUACCUAUCCGACAUCAAACGAUGCCGCCGAUUGAUAAUGGUGGCUUGCGGCACGUCGUACAAUUCGGCGAUCGCUUGCCGCCAAAUUCUCGAGGAGCUCUCCGAGUUGCCGGUUGUCGUCGAGCUCGCGUCGGACUUUUUGGAUCGCGAGACGCCGAUUUUCCGCGACGACGUGUGUUUGUUCAUCUCGCAGAGCGGCGAGACCGCCGACACGCUGAUGGCGUUGAGAUAUUGCAAACCGCGCGGCGCGCUGACAAUCGGCUUCACCAACACGGUGGGCUCGUCGAUUUGUCGCGAAUCGCACUGCGGUGUUCACAUCAACGCCGGUCCCGAGAUCGGCGUGGCGUCGACGAAGGCCUACACGUCGCAAAUCAUCUCGCUUCUCAUGUUCGCGUUGACGCUGUCGGACGAUCGUAUGUCGAUGACGGUGAGAAGGAAGGAGAUCAUCCAGGCGCUCAAUGAUCUUCCCGACCACAUCCGCAAGGUGCUCGAACUCGACCAGGAGGUUCGCACGAUCGCUCAACGCAUUUACAAGGAGAAAUCGCUGCUCAUCAUGGGACGCGGAUUCAACUUCGCCACGUGUCUCGAAGGCGCCUUGAAGAUCAAGGAGCUCUCCUACAUGCACUGCGAGGGAAUCAUGUCGGGAGAAUUGAAGCACGGGCCAUUGGCGAUGGUCGACGAGUUUUUGAGCAUCUGCAUGGUGAUUUGCAAUGAUCACGUCUACACGAAGUCGUUGAACGCUCUUCAACAGGUGGUCGCUCGCAAAGGAUCGCCUAUCAUCAUUGCUGACAACAGUGUGCCGCAGGAGGAUCUCGCUUCGAUGAAGCACGUGCUUCGUGUUCCAAGGACCGUUGAUUGCGUUCAGAACAUUCUGACGGUUAUCCCACUCCAGCUGCUCGCCUAUCACAUUGCCGAGCUCAACGGCGCCAACGUGGACCGACCGCGCAAUUUGGCCAAGUCGGUGACGGUCGAGUGA